AUGGCCGCACUCUCUUCUUCUAAAUUGGAUGAAUUGGGAAGAGCGAUUAGUGUCGAGGAAUUCGUUAAACUCAUCGAUCUUCAAUUGCCAUAUAAUGUUGAGCACUUGAAGCUGUCCGAGUUUAUUAAAUAUGAUUAUGGGAACUUAAUGGUACGCAAUUUUUUUACGGAAGGAUUAUAUUUUUAUGCAUUAUUACCUAAACCUUGCAUAACUGAUUUUUAGCUUCUAGACUUCACCGAGUCCCAGGCAGACUACUUGAUUGAGGUUUUCGAUCAGGUCUUGAAGCACAAAGAGAAGAAACAAAACCCAAGUAUGAACUUUGUUAACAAAUUCUGCAAUGCCCUGAGGAUAAACAAGGACCGAGUGGACAAGCAUGAGAGUAUUAUGAAAAAAAAGAAGAGGGAAGACUACUUUGGAAGUGUGAUUACGGAUCUCCAGAGUCGUCUGAGGCACUAUGUUCCCAAUGAGAUUCAGAUUGGUGAAGAAGAAGGCUUCUCCCUAGUCUCUGCUGUGAUCACUGGACAUCAGGAGUGCAUUGAGGUAUGUGUUAGGAGUCUGUUCUCUGUAUUUUUUAGAAGAUGAUAAAGAUGGAUCCAAAAGCGGUUAAUCGAGCUAACUCGAAGGGAUGGACACCUUUGAUGUAUUCAUUGGCCCAAGGAUGUUCUGAUGGAACCACCACUCUCUUGAGAGCAGGAGCUGAUCCCAAAACGACCAACAAGGAUGGAAUGAAUGCUCUUGGAUUGGGGGCAUCGUAUGGCCACAGAUCAACCGUAUGUCUCUUUCACAAAAAUGGUUAUUUUCUUGUUCAGCUCCGGAACUUCCUGAGAUUCUGUCGAGAGAAAAAUGGAUCUGCCGCGUCCAAAAUGAUGAUCAACGAGCCUGAUAAAAAAGGUAGAAUCGCUCUUCAUUAUGCGGCCGAAAAUCGUCAAUGGGAAGCUUGUGAGGUUCUCUUGAAUUUCGGGGCAGAUCCAAAUCUUAAGGACAAGGAAGGGAAUACACCAAUGUUGAUUGCUUGCAAGGGCAAGAAUUCCGCAACCGUCCGAGCAAUAUUUACAAAAGGUGGCAAUCCCGAGAUUGCGAACAACCAAGGGGAGACUGGAGCUUCUUUAUUGGGCGAGAAGAGAAGAUAUCUGAUCGAGGACGACAAGAACAGCAAGUGA